GAUGAUGAUGAAUAAUAGCAAUAGCAGGCUGAAAGAAGGCGCUAACUGAGCGCGUUGUGAGUGACAACGGUCAGCAGUCAGUGAAGCUCAUGAGUACGUUUUGCUAGUUUCGCUUGCUUUGAGACAAAGUUUUUUAAGGACAAACUAUUGUAAGGGCUGUUACCGUCGCUGUGCCGCCAAGUCAUGAAGUAUGUUCUGGUCACCGGCGGGGUCAUCAGUGGGGUCGGGAAAGGAAUCAUCGCCAGCAGCAUCGGGACCAUCCUCAAGUCCCACGGCGUACGAGUCACCAGCAUAAAGAUCGAUCCUUACAUCAAUAUUGAUGCGGGCACCUUCUCCCCAUAUGAACACGGUGAAGUCUUUGUACUGGAUGACGGCGGAGAGGUAGACCUUGACCUUGGUAACUACGAGCGGUUCCUAGAUGUUACCCUGCACCGAGACAACAACAUCACCACGGGCAAAAUCUACCAACAGGUCAUCGACAAGGAGCGCAAGGGGGACUAUUUGGGCAAGACCGUUCAAGUUGUGCCUCAUAUCACCAAUGCUAUACAGGAUUGGGUGACAAAGGUCGCAGAGACGCCGGUCGAGGGCAAUGAAAGAGCCGACGUGUGCAUUAUUGAGCUGGGCGGCACCGUGGGUGACAUUGAGGGCAUGCCCUUCAUCGAGGCUUUCCGACAGUUCCAGUUCCGUGUGAAGAAAGAAAACAUUUGCUGCGUUCACGUCAGUCUCAUUCCCCAGCCUAAAACGACAGGUGAACAGAAGUCGAAGCCGACACAGUCGAGUGUGCGAGAGCUCAGAGGUCUUGGUCUCUCCCCGGAUGUUAUUGUUUGUCGUAGUGUGACUCCACUGGCGGAGAAUGUGAAGGACAAGAUAUCGUUGUUUUGCCACGUUGACCCAGAACAAGUGUACUGCGUCCAUGACGUGACCUCCAUCUACCGAGUGCCGCUGUUGCUCCAAGGUCAAGGUGCGGACGAUUUCCUCAUCAAAAGGCUGCAGUUGCAGACGUCUCAGGUGUCCAGAUCGAAGCAUCUGAUCGCGCGCUGGAGGGAGCUGGCAGACAGGCACGACCGUCUCCUGAAGGAAGUGUCAAUUGUGCUGGUGGGGAAGUACACAGAGCUGUCGGACUCUUAUGCCUCGGUCAUCAAAGCUCUACAGCACGCCUCCCUGGCCGCCAAUCACAGGCUGGACUUAAAGUGUAUCGAGGCAGCAGAUCUAGAGGAAUCAACGCGGCAGGAAAACCCGCAGAAAUAUCACGAGGCUUGGAAGGAGCUGGUCGCUGCGAACGGACUCAUAGUUCCCGGCGGGUUUGGAGUCCGAGGCUCAGAAGGAAAAAUCAGAGCCUGCCAUUGGGCCCGCACAAAGAAGAUUCCCUUUCUCGGAGUGUGCCUGGGCCUGCAGUGUGCAGUCAUUGAGUUUUCCAGAAAUGUCCUCAAGUGGGAGGACGCCAACUCCACAGAGAUGAACCCAGACACUUCGCACCCAGUGGUGAUUGAGAUGCCAGAGCACAACACGGGUCAGAUGGGAGGCACCAUGAGGCUGGGCAAGAGAAAGACGCUGUUCAAGACGGAGAAAAGUAUCAUGCGCAAACUGUACCGUAACCAAGACAGCGUGGAGGAGAGGCAUCGUCACAGAUACGAGGUGAAUCCUGAGAUGGUGGCCGUGCUGGAGGAGAAAGGCAUGAGGUUUGUGGGUCGCAGCGAAGACGGGGAGCGGAUGGAGAUCAUGGAGAUGGAAGAUCACCCAUUCUACGUGGGCGUCCAGUUCCACCCCGAGUACAUCUCUCGCCCGCUGCAGCCCUCCCCGCCCUACCUGGGCCUCCUCCUGGCCUCCUGCAAGAAACUCUCCUCCUUCGCCAGCCAAGGCUUCCGCCCCUCCCCGCGCAUGUCCUUCUGCGAGGACUCCGAUGGAGGGACUGACGGGGACUCUCUACUUGACGAAAAAGACGACGCCGCGCCUUGAUUUAGUAGAUGUACCACCCCCGUCCUUGAGUUGAAUAUAGCUUUAGGCCAUUCCAUGAACGAUGAAACUGAAGUGACAAAUGUAACAACGAGAUAGAAAAUGAGAAAUAUGAAAUAAAUAGAUUUCCUUUUUCUUUUCAUUGAUUCUCGUGGGGAAAUCUGGUUUACAAUGGCGUAACAUAUAUUAUACAUACGCAAUUACGAAGCAUGAAUACAUAAAUACAUAGAGAUGUAAAUACACACCCAUGCUGAAACACUCAGAUGCACUACAAACACUCCGAAGCUGGUCACCGUUGUGUGGCACCUCAUUUUUUUUUAGCUACGGUGAUGAUGUCUUGCUCAAGGACACACACACACACACACACACACACACACACACACACACAACUGCUGACAUUUGCUUGACACUAUUUCUGAGACUGAACUGUGAACUCAUUGACCACUCAGCCGUCGGAUGACGACCUCAUGAAAAAAAUUCUGCACAAUGACAGAGCCAUUUCUUCAUGUUAUUUCCUUUUUUUUUUUUUCCCAAAGGCAAACUUUUUCUAACCUUAAAAAAACAAAACAAAAAAACAACCCAAAAACAAAAAUGGCUCUAUCACUGUUCAUAUAUAUUUUUUUUUUAGCAGGCUCAUUAUCCCUUCUUUCUGUGCAUCACCUUGUGGUUUUGUUUUUCCUGGAAUGGCCCCCUUUAUGUGUUCCUGUAGUCUUCUUUUCAGAGUC